AUGGCAGCUGGUGCAGACCUGGCAGCUGUGAAAGUUCUUUGCAAAAAUCUACAGCCGACCAGAGAGAGCAUCAAUCAGGAUUUGGGUCCCUUCCUGGAAGAUUUGAAGUCUAGCCCUCGGUUUGGCACUUCACUCUUGAGCAAAUUGGCACGUCGCAAGAAGCUCCGCCAUGUGUCUUUGGUCUUGGAUGCUUUGUUGAGAAAUCGCUGCGAUGUGAAUGCAUUUCACUAUGGCGUCUCCAUCAGUGCCUUCGAAAAGGCCGAGAACUGGGAGAGGGCGCUGCGGCUGCUGCGUCAAAUGGAUGUCGUUCGGGUGGAGCCGAACACUGUAACCUACGGCGCUUGCAUCAGUGCCAUGGAGAAGUGUGGCCAGUGGAAGCGGGCAGUCGAUUUGCUGGCAGAGAUGGUUCGAAGAGGCGUUGAGAAAAAUGUGAUUACUAUGAGCGCAGGAAUCAGUGCUUGCUCCAAAGCGGGGCAAUGGCACUUGGCCAUGGACCUUUUACAUGGCAUGUGCAAAGAAAAGAUCGAUCCGGACACUGUGGCAUUCAAUGCUUGCAUCAGUGCUUGUAGCACCCAGUGGCUGUUGGCACUGGACUUGUUCCGGCAGAUGUCAGGCUUUGGGCUGCAGCCUGAUGUCAUCUCUUUCAGUGCAGCCAUCGCAGCGUGUGAGGAAGGGCUGAAGUGGGAGCAAACUUUGGGCCUCUUUGCAGAUAUGCAAUCGAAGCAAGUGGAUUUGGAUGAUUUCAGCUAUAACGCACUUAUCAGCUCCUUCUCGAGUGCAAGCGAGUGGCAAUACGCACUUCAUGUGCUACAGGAAAAAGCUGCUAGUAAUUUUGACAUGGACAUUCAUGCUUGCAGUGCUGCUGUCAGUGCGUGCGAGCGCACAGGACAAUGGCAGCAUGUCCUGGAGUUGUGGCCCGUUCUCCAGGAAGUCCAAGAAAAAGCCAACAGCCAACAGAAGAAGCUUUAUGAAUUGACUGAAACUGGACCGACCCACAUCACACGUCAUUUGAAGCGAUCACUUGAAUGGCAGUGGGCUGUGGGGUAUCCUUUCUUGGCAGCCAAAGAAGAGCAGAUGACCCAUGGUUUUUACAAGUACAUUGCAGGAAUGCAAGCUUUAUGUGCUCGGGAGCUGCUUGAAGUGGUACCUCGCGCUGAAAGUGUCAUGGACAUGUUUUGCGGAUCCGGCACAGUGCUGGUGGAAGCCUUGCGUGCUGGAAAACAUGCAAUCGGUACCGACGUCUCCCCUUUGGCACUAUUGGUUGCAACGCAUCACACUGAUGCAGCUCAUGUUGAUCUCUAUGAUUUGUUGGAAGUUUCUUCAGAACUUGUUGCGUCCAUGGAAAGUGGGAACAAGGGCUGGCACUAUUUGAAGUCUGAAAUCUCUAAACUGAAGGAGAAGCCCUUGCGAGAUGUGUUGCAUUUCAUAUUGCUAGUGGCUCUUUCUCGUGUACAGGACGUAACUUAUCUUCACUCGUCUUCAAAAGGCCUCAACGAAGUACCUGAAGAUGGACUUCCUCCCUGCAUGUUCCUAGGAGUAGCUCGGCUGUAUGUCGCUCGUGUUCGGUCCCUUCGUGCCAGGGCUUUGGCUUCUCAGUGUGAAAUCUAUCGAUGCGACAACCGAGUCCUGAGACUUCAGGAACCGGUGGAUGCCAUUGUUACAGGACCUCCCUACCCAGGCGUCUAUGAUUAUCACUCACCAGCCAGCAGUUGUGCUGAUCUUCUUGGUGGAGAGACUCUCUAUGAUUUCUGCGCCCCUGGAUAUGGCAUUCAUGGUUCAAAGGCUCCAACCAAUAUUGAUAUCCCGGACGACUCAUCAUCAGCAACGUAUGCGCCAGGGAAAGAGAUAGGACAAAAUAGUUUGUGGCAGCAAGAUCCUGAAUUUGCGGACAAAUGGCAAGCAGAACAGGCAGAAUGGUUGGCUUCUGCUUUCGAGAACUUAAGGGACGGCGGGACUGCAACUUUGAUGAUAGGUGAUGGAGACUUGCAUUCGGCAGGAGACGGUGGCUUUGACAAUUUGCAGCCAACCAUCCAAGCUGCUGAACAGGUUGGCUUUCUUACCGUUGCAACAGCCACCAUCUCAGGGAAGAGCAAACAUCCCAAGCAGCCAAAAGGAAUGAAGCGCACAGAGCACAUCGUGCACCUACAGAAGCCAAGGAAGAGGCCAAGAGGGCUAAUAAGUGACAAGGCAAGUAGGAAGCCAAGUGUCAAACCCAGAUGAUGUUUGACCCUGCUUGAGCGCCUCGAGAAGCUUGGAGACGGGCUCGUCAAAGUAGCGAUCUUCCGCUGAGAGUUGCCUGGCCAAGUUGUGUUCACUCUGCACACGUGUUCAAUCGAUCAGAUUGAGAUGUUCUCACACUGCUCGUGGGAUUGCGACCACUUGACGACGGACGACGACGGGACAUGGCUAAUGAUGACUCAGCUUCACAUCUACACAUCAAUUGACAGCGCCCGACCAAAGUGUUUGCCAAA